AUGGCUCUCGGUCUCACUCAUGUCAGCACUAGCCUGUACAAAGGCCUUGCUAUUGGGCUCCUUGUCUCAUGGUCUCUCACCGCGCUCAGUUUUACCGCCCUUGUCGCCUUCAACACCAACAGCACGUACCUCGAGAUCAUCGCUUGCACCACCAUGUUCACUUUCCUCAUGUGCCGUCUCCUCGUCGUCUGGAAUCCGUCUUCUAAAAGUUCUCAAGAUGUUACCAUCGCUCAGCUGAUUGCGUCCGCGGACUCCGGAUCCCGGCGGGGUGCUCUCGUCUUAUUCUCGCUGUGCUGCACGUGGCUAUAUGAGCUACUCAACCAGGCGUUGCUGUUGUUCUUCAUGACAGUCUUUGGGGGCGUUAUUGCGACAGCAAUAUACAAUGAUGCGUUUACGGACGGUGUGCAUGAGACUGAACACGAGGACAGCAGCACAACCGCUGUCUCUGUCCAGGUCAACCAGUUGAAGGAAAUGGCCGGAUUUGACCCGACGGAGAUGUUCAAGAUGAUCCCGCCUCGGGUGUUGAUUUACUUUGUUGGGUUGAUGUGGUUGAACUUUUUGAGCUUGGGGGUUUAUGUUUUGGGUCAUGCAGUGGUCUCCUUGAAGAAAGUGUUGACUUCGCCUACGGCUAUAUCUACUGCGACCAAGGAGUCGACGGUUGAUAAGGAAGUGUCUGUGGAUUCAAUGGAAUAG